AUGCUCCGAGAAAGGAAACGGAUUGCGCAAGUGGAUGUGGAGGAGAUAGAAGUGGAAGCUUCCUUCUGGGACUUGACAAUGGUAUGUGUUGUUCUUGGAGCUAAUCCUCCUUUUUCAGUGUUUGAAGGUUUCAUUAAAAUAGUAUGGGGAAAACUUGGAAUUGAAAGGGUAGCUAGAAUGAAUGCGGGAUAUACAAUUGUGAAAUUUCGUGAUGAAGCCACUCAAGAUAUGGUUUUGGAAUCUGGGGUAGUUCAUUUUGAUAGGAAGCCAGUCAUUUUGAGACCUUGGUCGAAAGAUUUAGACACUAUGAGUACCAUAGGAAAACCUAUGAUGAUUGAUAAGGUUACCAAGGAGAGAUCUAUGGUGAAGUUUGUUAGGGUGCUUGUGGAUGUUGAGAUUUCAGAUCAGUUGCCUCAAUCCAUCAGUUUUCUUAAUGAACGUGGUCAAUUGGUGGAGCAGACUAUUGAGUUUGAAUGCUGUAAACGAGACCAGGGAGCUGUUUGGAGGAAAAAAAAGGUGAAGACAGGACUUGUGAAUACGAAGGUUGUGAGUAAACAGACUAAUUCUGGGCCAGUGUUUGAAAUUUUGCCAAAGGAGUCAACUAAUAUUGUGGCUGGAAAUGACACACAGACAAUUAUGUUGAAGGAGCAAUUGUAUUACAGGAGCGUCAAAUGGGGGUCACAAAGCAGGGUCAUUACUCUAUCAAUGUUUCCAAUGGAAGGGUGCAACAUUCUGAGUUGGAAUGUUAGGGGUCUGAAUAAAAGGAAUAAGCAGAGGUCACUUCUUGACUUUUGCCGAAUCAAUAAGAUUGGAUUAGGAGAUUUUCUUGAAACUAAACUUAGGGGUAAUAAGAUUGAGGAUAUGAUGAAGAUUGUUUUUGUGAGUUGGGACUGUUUCAGUGGUCCAGCUAUUGAAGGUAGGACUUUACUAGUUUGGAAAGUUGAUUAUGUUUAUGUUACUGUUCUUCAGGAAAAUGAGCAGUUUGUUCAUUGUCAUGUGAAGAUUAUGGGAAAACCUCAGGAUUUCUGUCUGACUUUUGUUUAUGGAAGAAAUAAGGUAGAGGAAAGGAAAUGCCUCUGGCAUUCUUUUUCUUUGCUGGUGUUUCUUGUGCAACCUUGGUUAUUGGCUGGUGAUUUUAAUGUUGUGUUUGAUUAUGAUGAUAGACUUGGAGGUCGUUCAGUUACUGAAUUGGAAAUGGAGGAUGAUCGUCAAUGGAGGGCCUGUGGUGUGGUGGAUGAGUUGAGAACGACUGGCUCCCAUUAUACCUGGUCUAAUAAGCAAAUGGAAGGGGCCAGAAUUUUCUCUAAAUUGGAUAGGGUUUUCAAAAAUGAAGCUUGGGUUGAUGCUUCUCCUAACACUGUGGCCCUAAUUAAUUGGGAUGUCAUUUUUGAACAUUGA